CAGCAAGGACCUACUUCCAUUUUUCCUGACACUUGGCUUUUAAGCGGAGGGGCCCAAGCCAGGAAAAAGUAGGAUGGGGGCUGGAGCGAGCGCCGAGGACAAACACUCCAGAGAGCUGGAGAAGAAGCUGAAGGAGGAUGCCGACAAGGAUGCAAGAACUGUCAAGCUGCUGCUGCUAGGUGCUGGAGAAUCAGGCAAAAGCACUAUUGUCAAACAGAUGAAAAUUAUCCACAAAGAUGGUUACUCACUUGAAGAAUGCUUGGAGUUCAUUACCAUCAUCUACAGCAACACCCUGCAGUCCAUCAUGGCCAUUGUGAAGGCCAUGAACACACUCAAUAUAAACUAUGGCCACGCUGAUCAGCAGGAUGAUGCGAGGAAACUCAUGCAUCUUGCAGACACCAUUGAGGAGGGCACCAUGCCUAAAGAACUGUCAGACAUCAUUUUGCGCCUGUGGAAGGACUCUGGCAUACAGGCAUGCUUUGACAGGGCCUCAGAGUACCAACUCAACGACUCCGCUGGAUACUACCUGAAUGACUUGGAGCGACUGAUCCAACCAGGCUACGUGCCCACUGAGCAGGAUGUGCUGCGAUCAAGAGUGAAGACCACUGGUAUCAUCGAGACCCAAUUUUCCUUCAAAGAUCUCCAUUUCAGAAUGUUUGACGUGGGUGGCCAGAGGUCAGAGAGGAAGAAGUGGAUCCAUUGUUUCGAAGGUGUGACCUGUAUCAUCUUCAUUGCUGCUUUGAGCGCUUAUGACAUGGUGUUGGUGGAGGAUGAUGAAGUGAAUCGAAUGCACGAAAGUCUGCACUUGUUCAACAGUAUCUGCAACCAUCGCUACUUCGCCGCCACCUCCAUUGUACUCUUCCUCAACAAGAAAGAUGUGUUCAUUGAGAAGAUCAAGAAAGCUCAUCUCAGCAUGUGCUUCCCUGAAUACGAUGGCCCCAAUACGUACGAGGAUGCUGGUAACUACAUCAAAAUGCAGUUCUUGGACCUGAACAUGCGCAGAGACAUCAAAGAAGUCUACUCUCACAUGACCUGUGCCACAGACACAGAGAACGUCAAGUUUGUGUUUGACGCCGUAACCGAUAUCAUCAUCAAAGAAAACCUGAAAGAUUGUGGUCUCUUCUAAGAGCCAUGCUGAGACACCCAAUGAGGGGUGAUGUUGUAGUCCGUGUAACAAUCAACAGACCCUUUCUAAAUUCAAACUGAGGACUGAAGAUGAAAACAGCCAUCCUCAAACGCAAAAAAUAUAUAUAUAAAUCAAUUAUUUGUGUUUAAAACUACUGUAAGUUGUAGCUUUGACCGAAGACUUCAGGUCAACUGACACCGGAAGAAAGCUCUUCAGUCAGAAAAUCCUGUGCAGAUUUCAGAUGAGUUGAAUUUUAGUCAAGCUAACUUUUCUCUUGAGUCUCUUGAACUCAUCUAUCGAGAGCUAUGCAAUCUGUAGUUAAGACGUCAAAAGCUUCUGUCAGCAUAACGUGAUUUCUUCUCACAUGUACUAAUGUGAAUAGAUGUCAGGCUAAUGCAUUGUCUCUAUGCUCCAGUAACAGGUCAGUCCACAGCCAAAAAGCAAACAAGAGAGCCUCACCACCUGCAGACGCACUUCAACCUUUGCUAGAGAUUUAAAAAGAACUUGCCACUAGAAAUGGCUUUAAUAUGUACAGAAACUCUACAGUGCAGUUUGAGACACAAUUCAAACAAGUAAGGAAUAGAAAUUUUAAGCAUUAGGAAAUGUAACUCUUUGCAAUAGUUGAAAAAGGCCACUGUUUUCUAUUGGACAGUUCAUGAAGUGUGGUGAGACCGUGUGGAUCUGUAACACUGCUGGGUGGUAGAUGUAAUAUACUUAAACCUAAAAAUCCUUGUCUAAAAGUUAACUGAAUAUACGGGCCUUUGAGCCAACUAUCCUGUACAGAAACCAACAAUUGUAAACCUUUAUUAAACCCAUU